AGAGAGCAGCCACUACAGAUAUUUUUAAUUGAACUCGCUAUUUGUGGACUCUUUCGUUGCAAAAAAAAACUACAAUAGGCUACCAAUGGCUUUAGAUUCUUGCUGCGAGAAUUUACAUCGCAUGGUGUCAGUGUAACAUCAAAAAGGAGCCCAGCACGAGCACGUCAUCGUGGCGCUCCGGUUCCACCUCUUUCGGGAGUCCACCAGCCGAUGCAGUCGUUUCUGAGCUUAUACCGCUGCCUUUGUAAAAACUGUUCCCCAUCAUGUCUGUCGUUGUUGGAAGAGGAGGGACAUUUUCACACGUCUAAGAGUUGGAUGUUGCCAGUUUAACGAAGUGAUCGUUUGUUUGACGGAUUUUUGACUGAUACGUGUGUAACGAUGGAACAAAGAAGACGCGAGGGACGAACGGCGCAUGGAUGUUUGGUCAGCUGCUUGGUUGCGGUGCUUUUGUGGAGCGUGGCCGCGGCGCAAAUACGAUAUUCAGUCCGGGAGGAGGUUAACGAAGGAACUGUGGUCGGAAACGUCGCAAAAGAUCUUGGAUUAGAUAAGAACACGCUGAGAGAGAGGAAGUAUCGCAUUGUUUCCAGUAACGCGGAUCCUCUUUUCCAUGUAAAUCAGAACGAUGGCAUCCUGUAUGUGAGCCGGAAGAUUGACAGAGAGGAGGUGUGUGCGCAGAGCAGUACGUGUUUAAUCAAUCUAAAAACCGUGUUAGAAAACCCACUGGAGGUGCACUAUGUGGGAGUGGAGGUGCUGGAUAUAAAUGAUCAUUCUCCCAGUUUCCCAGAUGAAGACAAAACGUUGGAGAUUCCAGAAUCUGUGUUACCGGGAGUGCGUAUUCCUCUGCAACCCGCACGAGAUCCAGACGGUGGAGCAUUUUCUGUUCAGCAAUAUAGACUCAGCCAAAACGAACACUUCCACCUGGAAGUGAAAGAUAAGGGAGAAGAUGGUAAAAUACCCAUUUUAAUUGUGCAAAAAUCUUUGGAUAGGGAGGCAGCAGAAAGUCACUCAUUAGUGCUGACUGCCCUGGAUGGAGGAAAACCACCGAAAUCUGGUGAAAUGAAUAUACUAGUAAAAGUUUUAGAUAUAAAUGAUAACGCUCCUGUUUUCUCUCAGGACGUUUAUUCUGUGAUGCUCGAUGAGAAUGCCCCUAUCGGAAAAACAGUCAUACAAGUGAACGCAACUGAUGUAGACGAUGGUCCUGGUGGAGAGGUAGUUUUUUCAUUUAGCAAUAUCGUUAAUCGUAGGUUGUUGAAGCUUUUUGAUAUUAAUCCAUCUACAGGUGAAAUAAUUGUGAAAGGUUUAAUAGACUAUGAGGAGAAAGACAAACAUGAGAUUGACAUACAGGCAUCAGAUAAAGGUCUUGUUCCUCUAUCGACUCAAAAAAGUGUAGUUAUCAAGAUAGUUGAUGUGAAUGACAAUGCACCUGAGAUUGAGGUCACCUCUUUUUCGAGCUCCAUCCCUGAAGACUCCAGACCUGGAACUACAGUUGCUCUUAUCAGUGUAAAUGACUUGGACUCUGGUCUUAAUGGAAAAGUUAUUUGCUCAAUCGGUGAGAAUGUUCCUUUUACUUUAUCACCAUCUUUACAAGAUACAAUGUAUUCAUUAGUAACCAAAUCCCCUCUGGACAGAGAGAAACAGUCACAUUAUGACCUGACAAUAACUGCAAAAGAUGCUGGUCAACCUCCAUUAUCGUCUGAGAAGACAAUAAGUGUUGUGGUGUCAGAUGUGAAUGACAACAGUCCACAGUUUUCACUGAGCCCCUAUACUUUCUAUGUCACAGAGAGUAACAAUCCAGGCACCUCUGUGUUUUCUGUUAAAGCUUUUGAUGUGGAUGAGAAUGAGAAUGCACAUAUUUCUUAUCAUAUUCUCAGAGAUAGAAGUGAAGAUAAUAAACUAACUUCAUUUCUAAACAUUAAUUCUGAGAACGGAGACAUCAUGGCUCUAAAAAGUUUUGACUUUGAAACAGUGAAAACUUUCCAGUUCCACGUUGUUGCGUCAGAUUCUGGAACUCCGUCACUGAGCAGCAACGUCACAGUGAACGUGUUCAUUCUGGAUCAGAACGAUAACGCUCCAGUCAUCCUGUAUCCAGUCAGCUCCAACGGUUCUGCUGAAGGUGUGGAGGAGAUUCCCCGCAAUGUGAACGCAGGACACUUGGUGACUAAAGUCAGAGCCUAUGACGCUGAUAUAGGAUAUAACGGCUGGUUACUGUUUUCACUGCAGGAAGUUACUGACCACAGUCUCUUGGUCUACCGCUAUACAGGACAGAUCAGAACACUUCGCUCAUUCACAGAGACAGACGAGGCUGAGCACAAACUGCUCAUACUGGUCAAAGACAAUGGGAACGUGUCACUCUCAGCAACAGCUACUGUCAUUGUCAAAGUUGUGGAGCCCAAAGAAGCUUUUGCAGCUUCUGAUGUAAAAGUUCAACAAAAGCAGAUGAGGACAAUAAUGUGA